AUGACGACCCUUUCCGAAAAGGACAAGAACAUAGUCAAAACGUUUUGGGCUAAAGUGGCUGGCAGGGAGGAGGACAUCGGUUGUGAUGCUGUCUCCAGGAUGCUGACAGUGUACCCUCAGACCAAGACUUACUUCUCCCACUGGAAGGACCUGAGUCCCGGUUCUGACCCGGUGAGGAAACACGGAGGAAUUGUGAUGGCUGCAGUUACUGAUGCCGUCAGCAAAAUUGAUGAUCUGACCGGAGCUCUUCUGAGCCUCAGUGAGCUGCACGCCUUCACUCUGAGAGUGGACCCUGCAAACUUCAAGGUUCUCUCUCACAACCUCCUCGUGGUACUGUCCACCACAUUCCCCAACGACUUCACCCCCGAGGUCCACGUGGCUAUUGACAAGUUUCUGACUGCGGUGGCGCUUGCCCUGUCUGAAAAGUACCGAUAAACUGCACACCGACAGCCAAAAACAUGGGCUUGGAUACUCCCAAACUGAAUUUUAAUGUAAAAAUAAACAAAUAAAUCUAAUACAGUACAGCUG